AUGAACCCUACAGUGGUGGUAGUUUUGUGUGGAAUUCUGGCUGCGGCUAAGACGUACGACCAGUACACGGCGGUAGUGCCUAAUGGUCCGUUGGGGUGGUACACGAACGAGGCGGGUGAGGAGGAAAGCACGGAGAUGUUGAACUGGCUGAACAUGACAGAGCCCAGCCGAUACGUGAGCACAGGGACAACGAACGCAACAAUGGUGGGCGCGACGUCGUCCCUGCGGACGUUCGUGCACCGGUUGGUUGCAUCCCAGGUGGGGCGCGCGGUCGACUGUGAUGUGGAACCGUUUACGUCCUUCAAGGUGGGGCUGAAUCUCAGCGACUCUUACACGAAGGAGGCGGCGACAAGUCAGUUGCAAGCAGCUGGUGUGUCCAUACUCCUAAAGAAGUUGGCAACGCCGACCGUUGAAACAUCGCUGCCUUCCACCUCAAGUAUCGUCGACAAAGUACUUUCAGUCUACGACCAUUAUAAAGAACAGGCCAACUCAAUACUCUCCGGAAACACUUCUGGGUCCUCAAGCGGCGAUAAGGGCGGGACGGCCGCGGACGAGGCGGCGAACAUGACGGGUGUGGACGCAGCGGCGAAUGGGUCUGCUAGUAACAUCGUGAGUCACUCCAGUCUUUUGCCGAAUGUGUUGCCAGGUGGCGUGGAUAGCGAUGAGUUGUACCGGAACUUUGUGGGCAUGUCGCUGGGUGGUGCCGGCCUUGACUUCCCGAUGGAGUGGGUGGGAUUUGUGCGGGAUGCCUUAGCAGAUGUGUACAACAGUUACGCGGCGAGCGACGGAUUGCGAGGAUCGAGACGGCGGCAGUUGGCGAGUGUCUCGGACAUGUUAUCAAGUGCGAGUGCGUUCCUGAAUGCGAUGAUGCAUAGCGGUACAGAUGUGGAAACGGUUACACGCUUCUUCAGUUCGCACUUUGUGAAGAGCACGAUCAACUCGGUGAUCGGGAACACGAGCAUCGAGGUUUCGUUGAAAAACACCUCCAUUUCGAUCCAGAGUCCUAUGCAGAACCUGGGUUCUGCAUUGUGCGAACACUCAGCGACGACGCUUCAACACGAUACGACGAACGGCUACCAACAUAUCUGCACAAUGUUGGGCGUAGCGCGUGCUGCAAUUGCUUGCAGCGCAGACGUCUCCGUCAACGACUGCUCCGCCGUACCUUCCCACUACGAACGAGAGUUGGCUUGUGAACGGUAUGACCAGGACCCGAACAAGGGCUUCGUACUCGACCUGGACGUCAAACACGACUUCACCUACCCCGCCACCCAGGGUAACAUGGACCGCUGGCUUUUCAACGGCAUAAAUUUGCUAUACCAAUAUGCACGUUACGACAGUGCCUGCGGAACACAGGCUUCCGAACUCGAAUUCCUACCCGGCUGGGACACCGUCGGCGAACUGAACCUAGAUUAUGCAGACACCAUGACCGCGCCAACGCGACGCUACCUGCCCAUUGCCGUGAUCUUGCGAAGCAGCAAACACAAGUGUCACUUUGCGACGUUAAUUAGAGGCACACAAGCCAGCUUCGAUUGGCUAAUAGAUUUCCAGACUGAAAUGGAAGACUUGACUGUCAGGAAUGUGAGUCUUGGCCGCGCCCACGGUGGAUUCAAGUCUCUGGCUAUGCCCGUUGCCUAUGCCACGUCUAAAGUCAUGAAGAAAUUGGUCGAAGAUCUAAAAUGUGACCAGUCCGAUGUGAAGUUAACCAUUUCCGGCCAUUCACUGGGUGCUGGCACGGCCAUGGUAGCUUCUCUCAUCGCUUCCGAAUUACUUAAAGGAUACGAUAUCGCCGCUGUAGGCUUCGCAGCACCCAUGUCCCUUGACAUGGACGCAGCUAAAAUACUCGUAGAUAGAGUGACCAUGCGCACUUGGAUGAACGAAUACGACGGAGUACCAAGAAUUCCUUGCUCCACUGACAAGGGUAUGGCCAGGUGCAACAAGAACGAUGGCAAAACAGACUUCUUCGUACCCACUCCGCACGCCUAUGAGGUCUCCUUCGAUCAAAUGGUCAAACUGAUGGCCGCCCUUAAUAUCAGCGACUUCGGCUCCAUGACCGUCGAACCACUCUCGGGCAAAAUGUACCUAGAAAAUAUACGCAGCCCCGCACCCCUCCGCUUCUCCCAAAUGCACACCUGCGCGUACACCUGCUGGCUAGACAGUCAGUACUGCCACAAUCAGGCACGCGCUAGAAACAUUUGCGACCUGUGUUCCUACUACGGACUUUAG